GUUAUUUAUCCUCGAGACACUACAGUAGCAAGUACACUAAAGCCAACGCCCCGCGGCGCAUACUCACGUUUAUUACUGUGGUUCCUGUCCGCAACUGCUGCUCUGACACUCAAGAAGUUCACGAAGACGCUGCAAGCUGCGUAAGAUAUAAACCACGCUUAUAUUUCCUCGUCACAGUGUCUUUAUUAACAGAACCGUGUUUGCGAACGUUUGCCGAUACGGACGCCAGGCUUCAUAAGAAAGCGUUAUUAUUUGAUCGGAAACCAUCUGCAGAAUGGCAGACACUGAGGGAAGCUCGUCUGGAGGCUGUUUGGAGAAACUGAAGAGCUAUGUGCGAACUCGGAAAGGAAGAAUCCUGGCCGCUGAAAUAAUCCUCAGUUUAAUCAUCCUUAUCUGUUACGCCGUAUCUAAGUAUGGCGGGUAUACAGUGAUCGCCAUCUGCGAGAUGGUCUUUGCCAGCAUCUUCUUCGUUGUCUUCAUGAUGGGGAUGGACAAACAGUUUCUGGUGGUGAACUGGCUGUGGAGCGAUCUCUUCCGCGCUGUAAUCGGUGCAGCGCUUUAUCUCAUAACCUCUCUGAUCUGUGUGAUCGGGGGGGCUGGAGACGGGGCUCGCAUCGCUGGCGGGGUGUUUGGUCUGCUGGCUGGGAUCUUGUUUGCUUAUGAUUCCUACACGAUUUUCUUGGACAUCAAGAGCAGCAGACAGCAUACAGCUGCUCCCACAGAUGACACAGUUUGAAACUACUUUCCUCACUACAACAUUACCAGCAGCCAAAACAUGGAGAACAAGUCUAAAAAUGGCGAAAGGAGUGAAUUCCUGAGAGUUAUCAUGAGAGAUGAAGACCAGAGGAAACAUUACACAACAAAAGAGGUUUAUGUACAAAAGGGAUUGAAAAGGAAGGCAUUCAAAGAUUCAUUCCAUCAUCUCGAUCAGGCGGCUUUCAAUACCACACAUUGUUUGUUGGCUUGGUCAAGUUAUCACAACAUUUGGUAACAUCAGAUAAACAUGAAUACAGUGUUCAGAAGAGUUUCACAGUCCCUCUGUCUUCCCGUUCUUUACGAGAGAAAGACACAUUUUGACCAAGUCAGUAUUAGUAAAUUGUGUUGGAAAACUUGAUUUAAUUCAGUCUGGUGCUGUUUUUUUUUUUUUUUGUGAUGAAACAUUAAGUUUGCUUAAGUUUUUUUUUUAUGGUGAAAAAUGUCACCAUAAUUUCUAGUAACUGUUGAUUGUUCUUGUGUUUUGUGCUUAAACUAAGUUAGUUGUAUAAGGUUAAUCAAACAGGAUUUGAGUCGGAUGUAUUCAGCUCAGGUGCAGUCAAGAAAAAGUCAGUUUUCAGUCAAUUUAAAGGGAUUUUCUCUUUGUUUAAGCUGAAAAGGAAUGAAUCUCAGCCAUAGGAUCUUCCAUGGUGGCACACGUUUUUAUUGUAAAAAGUUCAGAUUUCCAUGUGCUGGUACAAUUUGUUCAUUUUCUCUCAUCAUUUUUUACAUAUCGCCGUUAAACCUGUUACCUCAAGGGUUGAUCAUUAUCUUGAUGCCAUAAGUAUAUAUUUUUUAAAUUAUUUUAAUAAUAAACUUAUCACAUAUCACAUAGACAUAUCUUCAUUUACAGCCUCUGUUCUGUUCAACCCUAGUGAGUAAUGUAGAGUAAGAAAUACUUAAACAGCACACAACAUUUGCUCUUUCAAGAUUUCCCAAGGAAAUAUUAUGAAUAAAUAUCUGUUUAUUCAGUUGUAUUGGUAUAAAAAUUGAUAAUUCAGUAGUAUUUGGCCCUGCAGUUCCUCCAGUUGGUGGUCUUCUUGCUUACAUCAGCACCAUCUCAACACUGCUUCUGGAACAGGAAACGCGUUUUAUUGUCAAACAUCAGAAGCUUGUCCAAGAUUGAGAUUCAUAAAUCUGCAAUUUAAGGAGGAUACAAUCAUUUGGCCUGUUUUAUUUAGACAAGUGUUUUUUAUUUGUUUAUUUUAUAAUUAUUAUUUUUUUCUCCUGCUUUGAGAGUAUUUAUAACAUGUAUAAUUUGUUUAACCAUUUAUAAAUUAUAUAUUCCAAUUAGCUGAAGUCAGUUUGCCUGUUUGUCCUCUCACGACCUCAGCUGUACCCCAGUGAUUUCCUGAAAGCAUUUAUUUGCGAAAUGGUCAGAAAUGCCAUCACUUCUGUAAAAAUGAUUAACACAUGAUGCUCUGCUGUUUUAAAACAGACACUUAAAAAAAACAUACACACUUUAUUGCAUGUUUUUUGUUUUGUUUGUUUGUUUUAGAAGUACAGCACAAGAUGUAAUUCUGUAGGAUUUAUAUCUGUAAUUGGUGUUGCUGGUAUUUGGAUUACAUUUAAUAAAAAGCUGUUAUAACGUG